AUGUCGACCGUGUCCCUCCCGCUCGGUUAUACGUCUGCUUUGACAGCAGAAUAUCUACGAAAUCUGGCCCGAAGAUGGAAUAUUUCGUUCAAGUCAGAAGAGGAGGAAGCCGCCUAUCUCCUCCUCCUGCAGUCGGCAGAGGCUGUCCAUCGUGAAGUUCAGGACCUACCUGACUUCAGCGAGCCAAACCUCCAACCUAUUGCCACUAGCGAGGAUCGUCUAUUUUGGAGACCUGAUCCACAAGCCAACACCCACAACGCAUGGAGCCAUCGAACCUGUAUUCGCGCUGCCCAGCCGACAUCAUCAUUGCUGGAAGGUCGAAAAAUUGCGGUCAAGGAUAACAUCAGCGUGGGGGGACUCCCCACUACUGUUGGAGCAUUCGCGACUUUGGUCUCUAGGGACGCUCAAUUUCCAAUUUCGCCCAUUGAUGCGACAGUCGUGAAGCGCGUACUGGAAGCUGGAGGGCUUAUCAUGGGAACCGCUACUUGCGAAAUGUAUUCGGCUGCACCCAUCUCUUCAACAUCUGCGAGCGGUCCUGUGCACAAUCCUUGGGCAUAUGGCUAUACCAGCGGAGGAAGCAGCAGUGGUUGUGGAAGCCUGAUGGGCAUGAAUGUUAUCGAUCCAAGUCAGUCGAAUUUCGGCGAUAGGGCGGACCUGGCAAUCGGUAGUGACCAAGGCGGUUCGAUUCGGAUCCCCGCCUCCUAUAACGGGGUUUACGGGCUGAAGCCAACACAUGGCCUCGUUCCAUACACCGGAGCAAUGACUUUGACCCCUAUGAUCGAUCACUUGGGCCCUAUGGCUACCUCGGUGAAAGACAUUGCCGUCCUACUCCAUGUACUGGCUGGUUACGAUGGAUAUGAUCCGCGCAUGACACCUGAGUCGCCGCUGCGUAGCGCUGUUCCAGAUUACCCUGCUAUUCUGGACGAAGUUCAAGCCGAUCAAGGCUCUAAACUUCGAGUCGGGAUUUUGAAAGAGGCAUUUGAGAUCCCUAGCAUGUCGGACGAGGUUCGCACGGGCGUUUAUAAUGCGGCGUGCGAAUUUUUUAGAGCAGUUGGCGCGACUGUAUCCGAGGUUUCUGUGCCAUUACAUGCUCAAGGCCCGGCAAUCUGGACAGCUGCCACCAGAGUGUCUAUGAGCGAUUGGGGAUGCCAAUCGCUGAUGCCAGGUUUUCUCUCUUACGUGCCGCCGCAUAUCGAAUUUCGGUGGCCUCCUGAUCAGGGAAUGCACGACCUGCUGACUGACAAGAAUCCUAGCAUCAUGAACCUGAUAUUCUCGGCCACUUAUCUCAAGGAGAGCUGCCCCGCGCAGCUGGUAGCCAAGUCCCAUCGUAAGGUGUUUGAGCUGAGAAGGGCCUACGAUGAUGCCCUUGACAAAUUUGACGUACUUAUCACACCAACCACUCCAACAGUGGCUUUUCCACAUCCGAGCGGUCUUACGGAGAGGGUGAAGGCAGCUGUCGGGAUUGUAGCAAAUACGUGCCCGUUUAACGUGACUGGCCACCCAGCUAUGAGUGUUCCUUGCGGCUUUGGAGGUGCCGACCCGAGACUCCCUUUCGGAAUGCAGAUCAUUUCAAGGCGCUGGGGCGAAGAAAAGAUACUCCGUGCUGCAGCGCUGUUUGAGCUAGGGAGAGAGUUAGUGGAUAACUAG